GACCUCAAAGUCGGGCACGCGAUAAGCUCCAGCUCUUAGCCAUGUUCAGCCCUAAUAACACUUCACGAGCAUUGCCGCCUCUCCAUGAAACAUUGUUGCUUAUAUCUACGAUCAAGACCCGGAUAAUCCGCUUUGGAGCCACCAGAACCAUGUCUGGUCUUGAAAUUGCCGGCCUUAUUCUGGGGGCGAGAUGGGGAGCCAAGGAUUAGCGAUACUCCGGCGAAGCCGCAGGUACGAAAAUGAACUGCAGAGGCUGAUCAACAAGUUUGAGAAUGAGCGCGUAAGGUUAGAAGACGUGUAUGAGAAAGUGCUCAUCGAUCUUGUGCCUCACUCGCAAAUAGAGGGAUUGAUCCAAAACCCCGGCCGCCUCUUCUAUGAUGAUCCAGAACUUCAGACUAAACUUCGAAGGCGGUUGUGGAGAGGCUAUGGCAUAUUUGAUAGGACGUUGAAAGAGAUCAAGGCGGCCUUAGAUGAGGCUACAGAACGUAUCAACGUCCAAAUUCAAGAUAAAUCGAAUCUUAGAAGGUCACUUCGGCACUCGUUCCUCGACUAUUUAUUAUCUCGCAUCAGUGAAGGGGUGUCAGUUCUAGAACAGAUUGUGGAUAUGAGCCUUCAACUCGAACCGGCCAGGAAGAUACGCUUCCAAGGAAAAUUCCUUUCCUAUAUGCGAGGUAUAGCAGCUGAGCUCUUUGCAGCCUUGCAGGCCAGUUUUGAGUGCCCGUGUCAGCAUCAUCUUGGUUUACAGUUGGAGAAUCGAACUUCGGACGCCGUGCCAGAUGAUACAUUACAUGGCAACCUCAUUGGAGGAACCGUAUUCCGUCUUUAUAAGUAAAGAGUGGCUUUAUAAUAUAUCUAUAAGGGCAGUUAAUGUUGCUAGAGAGCUGCUAUUAAAUUAUAAAAGCUAAAUUAAUAAGG